AGUGAGCAUGCGUAGAGCCAGGACCCGGGGACGCGGCAGCGGCGAUGCCAGAAACCGAAAUUGAACAACAACAACUGCAAAUCGGUUGUUGCUGUGCGUUGUACUGAUUGAGAAAUGGAUGAUCAAGCUUCUUUGCGCAAGGUGAGUGGUUCAUCGGACUCUGUUUCCACAUUGAACAGUGAGGAGUUUGUCCUUGUGCCUCAGCAAGCAGAAGAUUCUUCCUCAACCAAUGGAGAGGAAAAGCCAGCACUAAAGAUAGCUUGCAAUGGGAAUGAGCAGCAGCUAAAGAAGGCGCUGGAGGAGGGCCAGAAAGAUGAUAUGAUGGCUGGAGCAGAAGGUGAGGUGGGAUAUAAAAGCCUGACGACAUGUGAAGCAUCGAUGAAACAGAAGCCUCUGCAUUUAAUCUUGGUUUCUUCCACAGUGGAAGAGCUCCCUGUACCAAAAGCUGCAUCACCCAGUGCCGCAGAAGAGGAGAGUGUGCUGUUCAACAAGUUAACCUACCUGGGCUGCACUAAGGUGACCUCUCCACGCAAUGAAGCAGAGGCUCUUCGUGCCAUGGCCAACCUUCGUGCCAACUGCCAAGUUCCAAUUCACGUUACCCUGUAUGUGCCUAAUGUAGCAGAUGGAUCUGUAAGGAUAAUAGACCAGGCUACGACCACAGAGAUAGCUGCGUUUCCAAUAUAUACGGUGUUGUUCUGCGUCCGAGGUGUUGAUGGGACUUCGGAGAGUAAUUGCUUUGCAUUUACCGAAAGUUACUGCAGUACAGAUGAGUUCCAGCUUCAUGUGUUCUGCUGUGAGAUCAAAGAAGCUGUUAGUCGAAUCCUGUACAGUUUUUCCACUGCUUUUCGCCGAUCUUCCAAACAAACAACAGAAAUAAAAGACAUGGGCGAUGCAAGUCCUGAGAGUGACAGCUACAACUUCACUGUCUCUCUUGAAGUGAAGGAGGAUGAUGGAAAAGGCAAUUUCAGUGCUGUGCCGAAGGACAGAGAGAAACUGUAUUUUAAGUUGCGACAGGGAAUAGAGAAGAAACUGAUCAUCAACGUGCAGCAAACAUCAAACUGUGAACUGGCGGUUGAGCGGUGUUUUGGCAUGCUCCUGAGUCCAGGGAGAAAUGUGCGGAAUAGUGACAUGCACUUGCUUGAUAUGGAAUCCAUGGGAAAGAGUGCUGACGGCAAGUCCUAUGUAAUCACAGGAACGUGGAACCCUAAUGGUCCUGCCUUUCAGGCGCUGAAUGAGGAAACUCCUAAAGAUAAAAGGGUUUACAUGACUGUAGCAGUGGACUUGGUAAUUACUGAGGUGGUGGAGCCAGUCCGGUUUCAGUUGGAAACAGUGGUCCGUGUGUACCCUACCAAUGAGCGGUUCUGGUACUUCAGCAGAAAAACCUUCUCAGAAGGGUUUUACAUGAAGUUGAAACAGUCGGAAAGCAAAGACCAUGCGGGUGUUGGUGAUACAAUGUAUGAAGUGGUGUCUCUGCAGAAGCAGUCUGAGAGAGAUGGAACUGCUCCUGCUGCAACUGGCUUUAUGCUGUACCAUGGGAGGCAGGCCAGCGUAACUCUUUCCCCUCAGGAUGAUAAGGAAGAAGAAGAUAGUGAUAACGAACUGUCCAGUGGCACAGGGGAUGUUUCCAAGGAGUGCCCUGAGAAAAUCCUGGAAUCGUGGGGGGAGUUGCUGCACAGAUGGCACAGCAAUUUGACUGCCAGGCCCAAAGGGCUGCCUAUCCUCGUCAGAAAUGGUGUUCCAGAAGCACUCCGAGCAGAGGUUUGGCAACUGUUGUCGGGUUGCCACGACAAUCAAGCGAUGCUGGAAAAGUACAGAAACCUGAUCACUAAGGAUUCUGUUCAGGAAAAUGUUAUUACCCGUGAUAUUAAUCGCACUUUCCCAGCCCACGACUACUUCAAGGACUCUGAUGGAGACGGGCAGGAUUCAUUGUACAAGAUCUGUAAGGCAUACUCAGUGUACGAUGAAGACAUUGGCUACUGCCAAGGCCAGUCUUUCCUCGCUGCUGUUCUUCUGCUACAUAUGCCAGAGGAGCAGGCGUUCUGUGUCUUGGUGAAGAUCAUGUACGACUAUGGUCUCCGGGAACUCUACAAGAACAAUUUUGAGGAUCUGCAUUGCAAAUUUUACCAACUGGAGAGGCUGCUCCAGGAACAGCUGCCCGAACUGUACAAUCACUUCUUAGAUCUGAACUUGGAGGCGCACAUGUAUGCUUCACAGUGGUUCCUCACACUCUUCACCGUCAAAUUCCCACUCUGCAUGGUCUUCCACAUCAUCGAUCUGCUGCUCUCUGAGGGACUCGGCAUCAUUUUCAAUGUGGCAUUGGCGCUAUUGAAGACAUCUAAGGAGGAUCUGCUGCAGGCUGACUUUGAGGGGGCAUUGAAGUUCUUCCGCGUUCAACUGCCAAAACGUUACAGAGCUGAGGAAAAUGCCAGGAGAUUAAUGGAGCAAGCCUGUAAUAUAAAGGUGCCAACAAAAAAGCUGAAAAAAUAUGAGAAGGAGUACCAGACAAUGAGAGAGCAGCAAGCACAGCAGGAAGAUCCAAUCGACAGAUAUAAGUUCAUUUCAUUUCAGUAAAGUCUCUGAUACUUCACCGACGUGUACUUGAAACCGCCUUCCACUCAAAGAAAUAGAGAAGCUCCCAUCAGUUAUAUAGGAGGAAGCCCAAUAUUUGCAGCAAGCCUGGACCGUGACCAUCUGUUUCUUGUUCGAAGAGAACCUUGUAAUCUAUCAGCAUACACAUCCCAGCUUGGGACAUUGGAAGGAAGUGCCCAGGGUGCGGGUGAACAUGGAGCAAAAGGCCUCACAUUUGAAGCUUCAGCGUUUGUGUUGAAUGUACAUUUCCACCUGCUCAUUGCCCUCCUUUAACCUGAUAAUGAAGAAAGAUCCUUGUUUGUACAGUCUUUAUCGCUUUACGAUAUUCAAAAGUAUUUUGUUGGAGCCACCAGGACAAGUUUGUGAGGUCCCUCAAACAGCAGAUGAGCGACUAGACAAAUCUUUUUUUUAAGGCAUUGGCUGAAUGUUGGCCAGGACACAGGGGAGAACUCCCCUGCUCUAACUUGAAUGGGACCUUUCAUAUCCACCUGAGAAGGCAGGUGGAGCCUCAGUAUAACAUCUCUUGAGGGAGAUGGUGCCUGAAACACUGCAGCUUUCAGCAUCAGACUAAAGUGUCAGACUGUAUUAUGUGCUCAGUCUCUGAAGUGGGGCGUAUUCCCACGAACAUCUGACUUUGAGGCAAGAGUGCUACCCGCUGAGCCACGGCUGGCAAUAGUAAACCGAUCCACCCUUCUGCCUGGAAGAUUUCUGUUUGAAGGCUCCCAUCCCCUUCACACGCUGACAGGCCUGUGGUGCAUUUCUAUCACUCCCAAAUUUUCCCUUUGCCUCUAAUCAUUCACUCUAUGGGGUAGCUUCAUUCUGAUGUUGAACAUUUUACUGCCAUUUAUCGAUCCUUCCUAUGUCAAAUCCUGUUGGGGAAACUGGGACAUGGAGUGAAUAAUUUGAGGUUAAAUUUCACCUGAUAGUUCCUGUUGUUAACAGCAAACCAAACACUCAGGAGGGAGCUGUUCUUGUCUCUACUCAAUUUAGACUCCAGUUCAUGGCUAAUUGUUUUAAUUGAUUUUUUUCAUGGGAGAUGGGUGACGUUAAUCCUUAAUUGCCUUGAAUCCCUUGAACUGAGUGGCUUGCUAGGCCAGUCCAGUGACAUUACCACUAUGCCGCUGUCUCCCCUAAUUUUACACACUCCAAUUCUCCUGCUUUCUCUCCAAACUGAUCCCAAUAUCCUCUUCCUCUUCAGACCCUUUUAAAUUCCUCAAAUUAUAAUUCAGUCCCCUUUUUUAAAUGCAGUACUCAGUACACCAUCAAUCACUAAAUUCCAAUAACUGCAUCGAAAUGUCUUUCCUGAUAUUCUUUAUGUACCUAAUGCUUGACUUGAGAUUACGGUCUCUUCUCUAUCUGUUUGCCUGCAAAGGGAGUAAAUCUAUUUCUUGAAUCGUUUAGAAUAUCAAAUUCUCCCUCUCAAGACCCUAUUCAAGAGAGUACAACCUCCUUGAUGCCGCACUCGGUCAAAUGUUGCCUUGAUGUCAAGGACAGUCACUCUCACCUCACUGUUACUGGACUAGUCACCCAGGCUGCUGGAAUACUCAUCCAGUCAUCUAAAGAAAUGAGAUCUCAGACUGCGACCCCGCCAUGACAGUUUGAGAAUUUGAGUUUAAUUUAACUUUUUUUAUUCUUUCAUGGGAUGUGAGCAUCAUAGUAAGGCCAGCAUUUAUUGCCCAUCCUUAAUUGCCCUCGAAGGUGAUGCUGAGCCAUAAGAUAUCUGGAGAGAAAGGCACUGGGAUCAGUGCAAAUAACCAUGAAACUGCCACGUUGUCUUAAAAACUGGUACUGAUGUCUUUUUGGGGAAGGGAAUCUACCAUCCUCAUCAGGUCUGGGAUUGUAUGUGACUCCAGUCCCUCAGCAACAUGGCUGAUUUGGCUAAGCAAGAUGCAAGACACUUGGUCAGGGCAACUAGAGAUGAGCAAUAAACCCAAGGGUUGCCAGUGACAUCCGCAUCCCGAGAAGGAAUAAAAAUGAGUCGCUUAUUUGGUGCGGCCCUUUGGUGCCUUCCAGUAUGUCACAGGGCACUAAUUCUCACAAUCUAAUUUAUUACACUAUGGCAAUAUGUGAAAUAAUUUUAUUUUUGAAUGAGAAUGUCUCUUUUACCUGUGCCACCCCCCCACUACCCUACCCCACCCCUGCAAGCCUUUCACCAGAUGUUUCUUGUGACCUUGCUUUACAGAGUGAAAGGCUUGAGUGUUCUCUGAAGAUUGGGUCUGUCCUGCUGUCUGUCCUCUCUCCAGCAUAAAACAAAAUGCAUACUUCUAAAAUGCUACAAAGAUGAAAAGGGGGCUGAAAAAAAAUCACUAAAACUAAAAUUGAGAUGGUUAUUUUAAAAAAAGUGUUUGUUUUAAAACUUCCCUCUCCAGUAAAUAAGGGAAAGAUGGGAGCCCAGAACUGCAAUUUCCAUCAGGGCCAGAAAAGGCUAGUGCUUAAGAAUGGGUUGUGUAAGCUAGGCUUGUAUUCCCUUGGGAGGAGAUUAAGGGGGUUGAUAGAAACUAUUAUCUCUGCUGCGUGAGUGCAGAACUAGGAGGGGUGUGAUAAAAUUAGAGGUGGGAUGAUGUCAGGAAGAACUUCUUCAGCCAAAGGGUAGUGGAAAUCUGCAACUCUCACCCCCAAAAAAGCUGCUGAGGCUGGGCUUCAAUUGCUGUUAGCUCAGGGUAAGUAAGGGUUACAGAACCAAUGUGGGUAGAUGGAGGUCUGUUCCAGAUCAGCCAUGCCUGGAUUGAUGGGAGGACCAGGCUGAAGAGACUGAAUAUCAGGAGGAUUCACUGAAAUGGCUGCAGAUUGUUCUGGCACCUGGGAUGGGGCUCUGGUCCCUUAAAGACAAGUGGAUCAAUUUUUAUAUAAAGAAUGUUUUAAAGUUGCCUCUAAUGCAGGGCACAAGAUCAACACCCUCAAGACCUUUUUUUCAGUGGCAGAUAGUGCUUAGUCCCUCCUCUCACUCUUCCCUCCACACUCCCCUCCCUCCACCAGCUUCUCCUAGUGUUUCCAGCAUUUUAGAAUGGGGCAGGGGUGGGUCCCUGCAGGUGCACCCUUAGCCACCAAAGAUGUGUUCCCCAUGACCCCUGCCAUGGCCCAUGAAUUUCUGCAGAGUCCCAGCGUGACUGCCCACUGAGUAAUUUCCAGGGUGAGAUACUUUCCCUGUCUCUGUCAGGGUUUGUUUCUCCUUCCCCGACUUUCACUCACUUGCAGAACGGUGCUAAUGGAAUCAAACAUUACCCAUGAAAACUCUCUAUAAUCGCUAUAGGGCAGCUAUUUCACCCUCCCUGAACAGUAUGGGUAUACUCUUGCUUCAACAAGAAUCAAACUGACUCACUCUGUGUGUGAGAGAGAGAGAGAGGGCACCCAUAGAACCAGAAUACCAAUCAUAUAUGUUCCUGACCACAGAAUGAAAAUGUCUCCUGCAUUUAGAUUUAAAAUAAAAGUUUCAGCUUUACUUUGGAUUGUCUUUGCAAACUGCGAUAUUGUUCAUUGUGACACCGCAGUCCAAUAUGAUUCGCACAGACUAAGUCAGUGCCUAGACUUUCCUCUUGUGAAUCCUUUUCAGAAUGCCCUGCUCCCUUUUUCUUUACCUCUCAUUUUCCUCUUCUAUAUUUGCCCCUGUUCCUUUACUCCAUCCCACCCCCCCAGGAAUCGACAGCCUGGCCAAAGAGCUAGACUUAACGCCCCACAGUGUAUGACGUGAGGGUACUGUGUUGUAGCGCAGGUUCCUAUCUCUGGACCAGACCUGACAUGAUCAACAUGGUGGAUGCAUCUUUAUCUAAUCAGAACGUCAACUUUUUGAAUAAUUAAUAUUGCAGCUUGAGAACUCGUGAUUAGCUGCCGACAGACCAAUAACAAACUGCCUGUUUUGAAAUAACCCCAGCCUGUGGCAGAACACUGCUGUUGAAUUUGAUUCUCAGGAACCACACCCUGUAUUAUGUACCUGUUAUAAUUAUUUUGUUAAGAGUUCAUGUGUUAGCUACUUCUUCCUUGCAGUUGUACUGAAGAAUUUAUCAAUGCGGAAAGCACCUUGAUAUUUAAAAGGCAUAGUCUUCAUCAAAGUGUCUGACAGACUUUUCAAUGUUGGUUAACAACACCUGUUGCAAUGAUGUAAAUGCAUCAAUGUCUUUCUUGGCUGGGAUCAUUUACCAUUGUGUUGCUAGUCCCUAAUGAAGCCAUGGCAUGUUCCUUGCUGCUGAUACUUCGAUAAUACACAGCUCUUCAACGUUUUUUUCCACAUGCAUGUUGAAAUUAAGAAGUUUUUUAAACAUGUUUUGACGAGGACUGUGCAUCUUGACCAGUUUGACGGAAUGGUGGGUGUUUGAGUUCUCAGGCAGCUGUCGCCCAGCUUUAAGAAAACAAUGCUGUCUUUUUGUAGCAAUGUUGAAAUUGGACUGGACCCGGGUUCUUCCAAAUGCUGUAUUUGAAAGUGUUUUUUUAUGGAAUGUUAAUUUGUAAUAAAAUUAAUCUGUUACGCUUUGUA